AUGUACGCGAGGUAUGUGCCUACUUCAAAAGGCGCAAAGCCUACAGUCCCCGCUGAGUCCUCAGCCCCGAAGCCAUCAUCACCGAUCGCUUCAAAACUUGUUCAGGCAUUCAGCUACACGCGCUACGUCCCAGGAGCCAAGUCGACCGCGAAAUCUUCUGCUCCCCCUGUUUCCCCACCGAAUUCAGUACAAUAUUUCGACGACGACGAGGCCAGUUUCACGCCGAAAAGGAAGCGAGAGCCAACGGCCGAUCAACAGCACGAGUCGGAGGCCAAAAAGAUCAAAAGAUGCAAAGAUGCUGCUGCUUCUCGGGACGACAGUGCAGCGGUGGAUUUGCGGACGGGUGCAAAGAAGAAGAACAGGAGAAAACGAAAGCAACGGACGCAGGCUAACGAUUCCGACGACGAGCCGGAGCGCACGACGGCAAAGUUGAGCUCUAGAACACAAGACAAGGCUGAGGAGCCCAAAUCUCUACAAUAUGACAAUGCCGCCAUCGAAGAAGAUUUCGCCAUUGAAAAUUCGGAAAAUGCAAGCGGCUCCAGAGACAGUGAUGUCGAGAUGGCCGAGGCGCCUGCCCCCGAGGCGAAGGAACAAAUAAAGGGAAACAGGCCGAAACGGGAGAAAAAGAAGAAACACGCCAAGGGAGCAGCAGAAGCGGAUGAUGAUGACGAAAAGGAAAUGGCACGGCACAGGGCAGUUCUGGAGCGCAAAACCAAGUCCAUCAAAUUGGCCACCGAAGUCGCACAAAAAAAAGGCGAUGAGUCUGAUGACGAAGCUGUGGAAUCCCAUGGUCUGGAGCCACUGCCUCAACCGGCUCCCGUGCCAGAGGACGAGUCCAAGCCGACGUACGACACGCUUCCCCCGUGGCUGUCCAACCCCAUACGAGUUUCGCAAGACACAAAGGCGCCAUUCACAGACCUGGGCAUCCUAGAACGACCAUCGCGGGUGUUGGUAGAGAAAGGCUACAGGGAGGCCUUUGCAGUUCAGACUGCCGCUAUCCCUCUACUUCUACCAACCAGUAAACACCAACCGGGGGACUUACUUGUGUCAGCAGCCACGGGUUCCGGCAAAACGCUUGCGUAUGCACUACCCAUUGUUCGCGAUAUUAGCAACGGCUUGGUCACAAGGCUACGAGCCCUCGUGGUCCUCCCCACGCGAGAACUUGUUAAGCAAGCGCAGGAAGUUUUUGAGACCUGCGCCAAGGCCUACGAGGGGGAAAGCCGCAAGCGAGUCCGGGUCGGCGUUGCCAUUGGAAGUCAGUCUAUCAAAUCAGAGAAAGAGGCCUUGAUCGAACGAGAGUCGCGUUAUGACCCGGAAGCCUACAGUAAAAUCCAGGAGGAGCAAAGGCAGCAGCGUGCAAAGACGUGUUCCGCCGAUGUCGACGAUGUACAUGAUUUGGAUUCCAUCCACAUCAAUGCCCGCCUCGGGCCUUGGGCAGGCGAAGUUGUGGACUUUUGUUCCAAGGUAGACGUACUAAUUUGCACCCCUGGCCGCCUAGUAGAACACGUUGAACAGACGCCCGGCUUCAGCCUCGACUACGUUCGCUGGCUCGUCGUCGACGAAGCGGACAAGCUGCUCGCGCAAAGUUUCCAGGGCUGGCUGGACCUGGUGCUGGAAAAGUUUCGGGUCGAUGAGUUUAGUGCUCGCGGGUUUCCCGACGUGGCGUACUCUGGUGUCCGCAAGGUGAUUCUCAGUGCGACACUGACGAGAGACCUAAGCCUCUUGAAUCAGCUGGCGCUGCGGAGACCGCGGUUAAUCGUGCUGGAGAAUGACGAUUCCGUGCAAGUCACGGAGCAUACUCUGCCCGUGGGCUUGCGUGAGUUUGCAGUGCGGGUUCACGAGGCGAAUCUCAAGCCGUUGUAUCUUUUGGAUCUCUUGAGGCAGUCCCACAUGACGAGCGAUGUCGGAAAUGGGGAUUCCUCGUCGACGUUGAAGGCGGAUGAGGAUAUGUCUGAUGGCUCCGACACCUCUUCAGAUUCCGAUACGACCUCGGACUCGGACACUUCAGACGGCAAAAGCACACCCACACCGCCCAAGACACAAGUUCCCAUCUCGCUCAUAUUUACCAAGUCUAACGAAUCUGCCCUGCGACUCUCGCGCCUCCUCGCACUCCUCGACGCCUCACUCACCAGCCAAAUCAGCACCCUGACAUCCACCACGCCCACUCACAUUCGUCGCAAGGUCCUCCGCGCAUUCACAACGCCUUCAUCCCCUGUGCGGCUCAUUAUUGCAUCUGACCUUGUCGCGCGGGGUAUCGACAUCCCUAAGCUCGGCCACGUCAUCAAUUACGACUUACCCGCCAGUGUAGCUGGCUACGUCCACCGCGUGGGUCGAACAGCUCGCGCGGGGCGGCCCGGGUGUGCAUGGACUUUGAUUGACGAUGGCGAAAGUGGUUGGUUCUGGGGCAAAAUCGCAAAGAGCUCAGCCGUAAGACGGACACAGAAGGUGGAGCGGACGAGAUUAGAAGAAAUGACUGAGAAGAGGGUGCACGAGUACGAGGCUGCGUUGGCUACACUUGGUAAGGAAGCUUUACAAUUGAAAAGAAGCAAAUGA